AUUCUGAAUCGUUCAUUUCAAUGAAGUGUGUGUCAGUAGUAACGCGUGAUGACUCCCCAAAUAAUUAACUAGACUAGUAAAUUAACUUAGUGAACUUUGCACUGAAAUACACAGCACUUUUUUGUGUCUUUUGUAAAUAAAUUUAAGCACACGUCUUAUCUCUGUUUCCAUUAAAACUUCAUCUCUGUGUAGAAUUUAAGGCCACCAGAGUGAUUAUUGAAAAAGAAGCUUCUCUAUUAUCGUAUAUACAAAUGAGCUUAAGCAAGUCAAUCACAAGGGUAAUACUGCUGGCAGUGAUUCAAAUAGCAGAAUUUGUUGGUUUCGUACUCUUCUUACAUUUGUUUCCAAAUUACAGAGAGUCGUUCUUAGCAUAUAAAUAUGUGGGGUUUCUGCUAAUUGGUUUAGCCUAUCUUUUAACACUAUCGUUCGUUUUUUCGAUGAAACUUUAUGGAACAUAUCCUUUAAAUAUCAUCUUACUGAUAAUAAAUGCAGCUUUAUUAGGUGCUGGUUUCUCAUUACUUAUGUACAUAGAUAGUCUAACAUGGACCGAUGGAUUUUUAGUCGGCGAUUUUAUUGUCGUGUGUAUAUUUCUUGCCAUUGGAAGCAGAAUUAAAUUUUUCAGUUCAACUUUAGUGUAUAUUCUAACAGUUUUGUUGGCGAUUGCAGUUGUAGCACUUUCAAUUAUUGCUGCAACAAAGAAGAUUCCAUGGAUCGAUGACAAAGCGAUUUGUUUAUCAAUCUUUGUGUUAUCAGUAAUGCUUCUUUUGAUCGAAGGUCAUAAUAUGUCUACGGAAGAAGAGACAUACGCGUUGGCAGCUCUAAUGAUAUUCAUCACCUAUGUGAUGAUCUACUAUUCAGCAUGUUUAAUUAAAUUGAAAUAUCUUAGGGAAUGGCUUUUCUUUGUCACAAAUUAAUUUGUUCAAACUUUGCCACAAAUGAUUUGUCUAAGGUUCUUUCUCUUUACAUAUGAUUGCUUAUUCAUAUAAAACUGUAAUUAUUUUCCAAAGAUAAACUGAACGCACUUUGAUUUUGUUUGAUGAAAAAUGCUACUCUUAAAUUCAGGCUGUUACAUUUCAAAAUGAAGAAAUUAUUAUUGGAAUUAGCAUUCCUUUUUUUCAUAUUGAGAUGAGACAUUUACUUUACAA